AUGCUGACCGUCGGGGCCUGGAGGCAAUUAAGGUGGAAUCAGAGACUCCUUCUGCUUGGGAGUUCUACAUGCUUCGAAUUGCGCACGCACGCAUUGGCUCGACUCCGAUUUAUCGUCGGGCAACGGACAGCAUCUAAUGGCUCCUCCGUAUCGAUGGAGCAAGGACUCGAUGAGACUGUGGUUAUGUUUUUCGCUGUGGAGCUAUUUCGUACCGUGGAAGCUCUGCAUGCCUGCGAUAUCCUCCAUGGCGACCUGAAAGCGGACAACUGUCUUGUCAGAUUAGGCAAACAUUUCGCCUCCCGCGCAUCCGCCAUAGAAGACGGCUCUUAUUUGAACUCCCAGACAGGUUAUUCGCCUACAGGUGCAGGUGGCUGGCUAAAUAGGGGAAUAACCUUGAUUGACUUUGGCCGCGCGAUUGAUAUGCAAGUCUUCCCAAAAAACGUCCAGUUCAUUGCAGACUGGAAAAUCGGUGCACAUGAGUGUUCGGAGAUGCGAGAAUGCCGGCCUUGGACUUACCAAGUCGAUCUGUACGGGCUUGCGGGUACCAUUCAUAUUCUCCUCUUUGGCAAGUAUAUGGAGGUUACGCCUGCCACUGCUAAUCGGACCUCUUGUGGGGAGAACGGAAAUAUGAGUAUUCCUGGUGCUGGAGGACUUGGAGCCAAAAAGCUAUAUCGUAUCAAGGAGUCUCUGAAACGGUAUUGGGACCGGGAACUUUGGGCUGAGGUUUUUGACCUAUGUCUUAACCCUCAAGGCGAAAAGUGGAUGCGGAUGGAGAGAGGAAUUUUCACACCGCCAGGAUCCGAUAUUGAUGGGGAAAAUGGAAGUCUUACUGCCGAUAAUGACGAUCGUUCUCCCACGCUGCCAGUUCUGAAUUCAAUGAAGUAUAUUCGGGAGAAGAUGGAGGGGUGGCUUGUGGCGAAUGCGGAAAAGAAGGGGCUACUGGCACAGCUAGCGAAACUGGAGAAGCUAGUUGCCAAGUAA